AUGACCCAGUCUGACACUUAUAAGUUGUAUGUUCUCAGACAUGGACAAAGCGAAUUGAAUCAUGAAAACAUCUUUUGCGGGUGGAUUGAUGCGAAGCUGACAGAGAAAGGUGAAGAACAGGCCAAAAACUCGGCCACUUUGAUCAAGGAACACUGUCAUGCCAAUUCGCUGCAUUUGCCCAGAUUAGGGUACUGUUCACGGCUUGUGAGAACUAGACAAACGAUGGAUGUGAUGUUACGUACGUUUGGUAUCACAGACUCGAUCUUCCACAUUGCAAGUUGCGGUGUCCCUAUUCAGGACGUUGCAAAAGAACUAUCGCAACAUGAAGCGGUGGUUUAUAAGAGUUGGAGGUUGAACGAAAGACAUUACGGUGCGUGGCAAGGCCAACGGAAACCAGACAUUUUGAAGGAGUACGGAAAAGAAGAGUUUAUGUUUAUCAGAAGGGAUUACAAUGGCAGACCACCAGCUGCCGAUUUGAGUCGCGAAAUGAUUCAAGAGGUUGGUGACAAGGGAUCCCUCACGGGUUAUGACUUUAAGGAGCCCAACAGACACAUCAAGUACAAACCCGAAGAGGAUGCUCAUGAAGUACUCCCCAGUAAUGAAUCUUUAAGCGACGUAGUGAGCCGUUUGGAAGAGUUUUUGAAAGGUACCAUAUUGGAGCAUAUUGAUCGCGAGAACCCAUCAGCUUUGAUAGUAGCACAUGGUAGCUCUGUGCGAUCCAUUCUAAAGAUUCUGGAAAACAUCUCGGACAAUGACAUCAAAGACGUGGAAAUACCUAACGCUAUCCCCAUUGUCAUUGAGCUCGACAAAAACACCAAGCAGUUUGUACGCAGGUAUUACCUGGAUCCCGAACUUGCUAGGAUUAACGCUGAGCGUGUGCGUAAUGAAGGCUUUCAAAAGUAA